AUGCUUGGAAUAUGGGGGGUUGGUGGUUGUGGUAAGACUACUCUUGCUUCUUCCAUAUAUGAUGAAAUCUGUAGGCAGUUUGAUGGUUGCUACUUUAUUCAAAAUAUUCGAGAGGAAGCAAGCAGGUAUGGUCUGCGAAAGUUGGAAGAAGAUAUUCUCUCAAAAAUGGGAGUAGAUAGAGUUGGAGGAGGAAGACGCAUGAUAAAGGAUAGGCUGUGCCAUAGAAAGGUCUUGAUUGUUUUUGAUGAUGUUGAUAACCUUGAACAACUCAAAGCGUUAGCAGGAUCGCAUGAUUGGUUCGGUGAAGGAAGUCUAAUAAUAAUUACAACAAGAGACGAGCAUUUAUUAAAUAUUCAAAAAGUCGAUGUGAUACACGAAAUUACCUUGUUAAAUAAUAAUGAGGGCAUGGAGCUUUUCUGCAAGCAUGCACCCCGGGGUGAUAGACGUGUUGAAGAUUAUGAGGUGCUUACAAAUGAUGUGGUUUCUUAUGCUGGCGGGCUCCCAUUAGCACUAAGAGUUCUCGGUUGUUUUCUAUGUCACAAAGAUAUGAAUCAGUGGAGGAGUGCAAUAGUCAGACUGAAAGAGAUCCCAGAUACUAAUAUUCUGGGAAAGCUAGAAGACCUUGACAAGAUCGAAGCAAUAAAAAUAGAUUUUUGGUUUCAGCCAGAAUCAGAGGAAGAACAAGAUCUUCCUUGGUUUUCUUCAAACAUGAAGAACCUUCGGUAUAUGGAAUCGAUACGUGAUCCUGCAAAAUCAUUGUUUAAUGACCUUCCACUAAGGGAGCUUUGUUGUCUUAUAUUGUCCCAUGGCUCUCAAAAACAACUUUGGGAGGGUUGUAAGUUGCUGCCAAGUUUGAAGUUAUUGAAACUUUACAGUUUGAAGAAGCUAAUCAUGACACCGGAUUUUAAUGGACUUCCAAAUCUUGAAAGAUUCAUUCUUAAGGCAUGUGGUUGUUUAAAAGAGAUUGAUCCAUCGAUUGGAUGCUUUGAAGACCUUGUUUUCUUUUCUGUAGAAGGUUGUCCCAGUCUUGAGAUGUUUCCACCCAUUUGGGGAAUAAAGAAACUGGAGAGCUUUUCAUUCCCAGAGCACCCCAAACUUGUUAAGUUUGCAAAGAUCCACCGACAGAAGAUGGAUAAUUCACCACUUCUUGAUUUGGAUAAUAGUGGGAAUGAAGUUGCAUCCUACAUAGAAUCUUGUCAGAACUUAUUUUUUGUUAUUUGUUGGAGGUGUGGUUGCAGUAAUCUUCCUGGUGUAGAAUGUUGUGUAGAGGAGCCUUUUUUAUGUUGGUUAGGGAUUUUCCACAACUUGCAAGAACUCCGUUUCUUAAGGAACUUGGAUCUGAGGGAGUGCAAUUUGGGAGAUGAAGACAUAGGCUCUGAUGUUUUAGAGUUUCCAAACCUGCAACAACUCAAUCUAAGAGGAAAUAAGUUUUCACGGUUAAGUUUUAAUUGCUUGCGACUUCCUCGGCUCAAAUGGCUAGACGUGUCAUACUGCUUUGACCUGGUACAACUGUCUGAUCUGCCAUCAAGUAUAGUUGUUGUUAAGGCGGUUCAUUGUAUGUCACUUGAAAGGUUUGGAGACAUUUCAAACUGUAAAUGGUUGUGGAAAGUCUUACUUCAGGGAAAGAACAAAGUAGGUCCACUUGUUGGUGAGAUAUUACUAGAUUCCAUGUUCCAGGGGAAUGCUAUUGAAGAUCAUUUUAUCAGUUUCUCUAUUCCACGUCAGAUUCCAAAGGGGUUUGCAGGUAGGUCCUUUAGGGGAAAAAGAUUUACAAAGCGUCUCCCACAUGUUAAAUACGAUGCCGACUCGUUUAGACUGCGUCUUCCAGAUGAUUGGUGCAAUGACUUUUCUGGGUUCUUAAUACGUGUUGUUACCCUUUUUGGACAUUUGAAAAUAGACGUGAUCAUGAAAGAGUAG